AUGCUGGGCCGGAAAACAGGACUCCCCCAAAACCUAAACAGCCAUCACCGGAUGAACCAGUCCUACCAGGAGGCUGUGCCCCUGCGGAGCAGACCAUCCAAGGAAAGUGAUGUCAGUCUGGAGGUGUUCAGUGGCUCUACACCUGAAAUCAAACAGAGCCGCAGCAGAGCCCAGCAAAUGCGGGACAGGAAAGGUCGCAAAGCUGACCUCAAAGACUCUAAGGGGAGAGAAGCAGAAACAAUUACCUUUAUCUCUGGUACAGCAGAGGCUCCCCAAACCCAGAGCUUAUGCUGUUCCUCUCUGUCUCAGGCCUGGAACACAUACAAAGCUGUUUUCUGUUGUAUAGUGACCUGUGGGGGCUGCUUUCAGGACUGCAGUGUCUGUAUCACAUAUCCAGGGCCUGCUGAGACCUCCACGGAUGACGGAAAGAAUGGAGAUUAUAAUGGGCGACUGCCAAACAGCCCCGCCAACAUAUCUCCCACUGAGAAGAAUGGGAACCAGAUCAAAAAGACCAGCAUGGGUAGCAGUUUCAGUUACCCAGAUGUGAAACUAAAGGGCAUUCCUGUCUAUCAGAACAGGAGCCCCAGUCACCAUCUAGAUUCAGAUUCAUGCUGCAAAGAGCUGCUGCCAGAUAAGCCCUUAAGGAACAGCAUAGAAAAGCCACCACUCCCCAGCAGCCACCGGAGUUCAGAGGAGUAUUACUCAUUCCAUGAGUCUGACCUGGACAUCAGUGAGCUGAACGGUUCCAUGUCCAGCAGGGAGAUUGACGUCCUGAUCUUCAAGAAACUCACGGAGCUCUUUAGUGUCCACCAGAUCGAUGAGCUAGCCAAAUGCACGUCAGACACUGUCUUCCUGGAGAAGACCAACAAGAUCUCAGACCUCAUCAAUAGCAUAACUCAGGACUACAACCUGGAUGAGCAGGAUGCUGAAUGCAGACUUGUUCGAGGCAUCAUACGCAUCAGCACCCGGAAAAGCAGAGUCCGGCCCCAUAUUUCUAUCCCAGCCAGCCAGAGCCACGAGGAGAAGUCCAGCAGAGGCAACCCACCAGACAGUGGUAAUGAAACCAUGCUGGAGUCCAUGGUCAUCAGCCAAGAUGACUUGGCUGUGCAGAUAUCGGAGGAAACACCAGCAGAUGUGAUAGCCAGGAAUAUGAGGCGGCAUAGCAGUGCAGGAUCCCCAACGAGCAGAGAUUCCUCUUUCCAAGAUACAGAGACUGACUCAUCUGGGGCACCUCUACUUCAGGUGUAUUGUUAA